ACUCACAAAUCUUGUGUUCUGGAAUUGGAUCCUAUAAAAUAUUUGUGAUGAAAUGUCGCAAAUAGGCCCAUCAACACCACCCUCAAAUCGGAGUGAUGGUUUGCCAAUUACCAGUUUAACGCUACUUAUUAUUCUACUCUUACCGUGUGUGGUUCUUCUGUUGUUGUUGAACUGUUUGUUUCUGGGUUACAAGUUACACAUUUGUUCAAAGAAGAACAAAAAAAGACGAGAGGACUACGAGAGUAUGUUACAGUCUACUCUGUCGAUGCGCCAGAGAAUGACCAGAAUAUCCGAGAUGCCAUUGUUGCCAAAUCAAGAUGGGAUAGGGGCUUACAUCUCGGUUGCAGAGACAAUUCCGGCACAGCCCUCGAACUCUUCAAGAACUUCGUCAAAGGAGAGGGCAGCAGUGGACCAGAGAAUCCGAUUCAUCCGGCCGGACGGGGCCACAGGCGGUGGCUUGGAGUCUCCGAGGACGCAGAGCACCAUAUUGGCCACCUCCAGGGUCGACCAGACGCGUAGGUCACGAAUGUACAGCAGGAACAAAAUUAACUGGCGCAGAAGCGCCCCUGUCCUACCGCAGUCAAGUGAUUCAGAGGUAGAACGGCCUGACCUUGUACCACCCAACUCGCCUGCGCUAAAUAAUCCACACUCAACGGUAACAUCUGACCAGAGGCCCAUGCGUCGGUGCAGCACCAUGGAGCUAAUGAACAACAUAGAACACCAGUUUGAUAUGUUUGACUUCGAAUGUGACUAUACCAGUAACAUGCCUCCAGAGAUGUCAUGCUUUGUUGUAUCUGACAACUAUUCCACCAUGGGCCCUGGAUUGGACAGCGACUUUGGAGCAAGCGCCGGUGUCUCGCUCCGGAUUUUAUCCGCGGACAGCGACGGUCUCAACAACGGUGUGUGGGACUCCGGAAUGGAAUGGGACUAUUACGACCCGUGCUAUGUGAGGGAGAAAAACAUACCCAAACAGAAACAUCACAUGCCUGCAUUGCAUACCAAGCAUUAUUGGGUAUGAUGCCAGAGAACAUUAAAUAUUUUAAUAUUUAUUUAUUAUUAGGCUACAUAUUUAUCUCUAAAUAUUUCAUUCUAAAAAGCGCACUAACACAGAUUAUCACAUUUUCCAUUUAGCCAAAAGUAACUGCCCACCGCCCCCACACACACCCGUUUUGUAAAGAACUGCACUCACUUUUGUAAAUC